AUGAGUGGAUUAUUUCACAGAAAUGUAUUGGUGGCAGCAGCGGUAUGCUGCUCUGUUCUGGUCCGGUCUGUCCUGGGGUCCCCGGUGUUAGCGCAAGAGCCGAUCCGAUGCGCUCCGUGCUCUCCGGAGAAGCUGAGCGAGUGUCCAGCGGUGGCGCCCGGCUGUGCGGAGGUUCUGCGUGAGCCUGGUUGUGGAUGCUGCCUCGCUUGCGCCCUGAAGACGGGGGAUCUGUGCGGAAUCUACACGGCGCCAUGCGGGUCCGGACUGAGGUGCACCCCGAGACCCGGCGACCUCCGGCCGCUGCACUCCCUCACUCGAGGCCAGGCUGUAUGCACGGAGAUCCCCGAGCCCGAGAGGAGCCCUGUGCCCCAAAACCCCGACCAAGGAGCGGCGGACUAUGCCGAGACAGAGAACGCUGCCAUGGUAUCAGACCCCGGCUCCAGCCUCUAUCUCCACGGCCACAGCAAGCCCUUCGAUCCCCGGGCCGCCGCGGACGCGCUGGAGAGCAUGAAAGCCAAAGUUAACGCAAUCCGAAAGAAAUUGGUGGAGCAGGGUCCCUGUCAUGUGGAGUUACAGAGAGCUCUGGAGAAGAUUGCUAAGUCACAACAGAAGCUAGGAGACAAACUGAUCAGGUUUUAUCUGCCAAACUGUGACAAACACGGACUCUACAAAGCCAAACAGUGUGAGUCAUCUCUUGAUGGACAGAAAGGCAGGUGUUGGUGUGUGUCCUUCUGGAACGGAAAGAAGAUUCUGGGAUCCACUGAUCUGGAGGGAGAUGCUGAGUGCGCUUAUGAGAUCAACCACUGA